CACAUUGUCACUGAUUAACACUUUUUUCUACUCUAUUUUCAGAACUUCAAGGCGACCUGAUUAAAUUUUACAGAAAAAGGUGUAGUUCAAUACCUCUCUCACCGCUUCUUGAAGAAAUAGAGACACCUCUAGCUGGGUUCUACGUGAUGCCAGAUAUAGUCGCCGUGAAACAGAAGUCUCCAAACUCCAAUGAAGAGGAACGAACGCCGAUCAAGUCUUUGAAAGACCUGUUUUCAACCGGAAGUCGAGAUCAGCAAGAAAUUUAUCUAUCAGCUGAUGCAGGCUUUGGAAAAACUGCUUUCUCAAAGUAUCUUGCAGUCACGUGGUGUCAAGCUCAUUGUCACAAUGAAAACUACGCCUGCUUUAAAGACGACGAGUUAAAAACGUUAUUUGACUUUGAGUUCUUAUUUUUGGUUUUAUUAAGAGACUGUACCUCUGUUUGCAACAUUGACGCUAUGAUUGAACAGCAAAUUACGAGGAAACUUCCUACUUCUGCAAUACAAGAUGAAGUUUUACGUAGAGAAAAAUGCUUGAUUAUUUUGGACGGUCUUGAUGAAUGGACACACCCUGAUAAUAGCUGUAGCGAAGUAACAGAAAAAAUCCCACAUCGGUACGUACGUGAUAAUUGUGUUAUUCUAACGACAACUCGACCGUGGAAGCUUGGAGUCGCAAAUCUCAAAACAAGUCAAAUAAACAAAAAAGUAGAAUUGGUUCAAUUAAGUGCAGAUUCUACGCGGCAACUUGAAGAAAAUGCUAUAAGAAAAAUGACCGGUGUCCGUGACGAUAGAGUACUGGAGAGUAAAAUAUGGGACUUUAAUGAAGUGAUACGUGACCGUCGCCUAGAGCACAUGCAAGUGAUUCCACUCCUCCUCAUGUAUAUAGUUUGCCUGUGGUGCAACAACAUUCCUAUAGGAAAUUCAAAACAUGAAAUUUACACCAAUAUCAUUGAAUUUCUAUUAUCGAGAACGUCAAAGAAACACCCGGAAGUUCAACCAUCUCGUGAAUCGUCUGCCAGUGAAAUUCCAGAAUACUUCAAAAGUCAUGAAUUUUGUAAAAAGUUUUACAGUCUUAUAACAUCAUUAGCAGAACUAGCUUACCAAACAUUAUUUAACAAAAACAGAGAAAAUACGCUUUUAUUUGAUAGAAUGGUUGCUAAUAUAUAUCUCAAAGCAGACGACAUGAAAUUAAGUCUUUUCUCAGGAAUACUGACAGAAAGUAGAAGUAAAACUUUAAUUAAAGAAAUUAUUAAAGUGUCGUUUUCUCACAAAACAGUGCAAGAAUACUUUGCCGCCAUAUUUAUAAGUUCUCAAAGUGACGCUCAGAAAACUGUUGUAGAAAAAUGUAGAACUGUUCAAGAUAUUCUGGACAUGUCAAAAAUUUGUGAAUUUAUAAGUGGAAUGAAUGCUGACUGGAUGUGUGAAAUAUUAAAUGAUUUGAUGUCUGUGAUAAAUGAAGACGAGGAAACACGCGACUAUAGAACUAGGACACGUUACGAGGACAUAUACAAUACUCCAUUGUAUAACAUACAGAAAAUGUUCAUGUCGUGUUUACAAGAAUUGCCUGAAAGUGAAAAUAUUCAAUUAUGUUUACAAGAUUUCUUCAUUGUCCGGCACACCGAGGUGCACAGUAAGCUGUUACAACGUUUAUUAAAACAAAAUAAAACCAACAUAAAAUCACUUUAUAUAUACACCAGGAGUUUACGUGAAAUUAUAGAUUUAUUCUCUCUCACAGAUCUCAGUCAUAUACAGAAACUUUUCUAUCAUGGUGACUGGAAGGAGGAUGAGAUAAGCCGGAUAUUGUUUCCCAGUUUACAGUGCGUUACUUUGCGGCAGGGUACAUGGAUAAAUGAUGAAGAAAAUCUCAGUGAAAAUUUAGCGCGAGUACAAAACUUACAAUAUUUAUAUAUUAAACACUUCACGUUAUCUCACAAAAUACUGGAAACAUUUUACAAUUUUAUCUCCGCUCAAAAAUCAAUGAAAGAGUUAACAUUGUGGCAGUUAGACUGUAAAGAACAUGGCCGCCGCCGUGAUUGUAAGAGAUGGAACUUGGACUUGUCUCAACAUUCAACUCUAUCAAAGUUAUACUUGCAGGAGUUACCUGGGAGACUACAAUUAAAUAUAACAACACCGUCAUUAGUUGAUGUUACGUUGUGGAACAUCAAUCUAGAUGAUGAAAGUUCAUUGUUACUGUCACGUGACAUGUUGAAUAUUGAACGUGUGGAGUUGUGGGAGAUAGAAAUGUCUGCAGAAAGUUUACAGAACUUUAUUUCCGUGCUGGAAAAUCUGCCGCAGUCAGUUACAGUAGAGAUGGACGCCAUUACACCGGAAAAAGAACAUGACCGUGUUAGAGAAAAUAUUCGGAGUUCACAAACUUUUCAUGUGAUACAAGACAGGUGGGGGAUUGAGUUCAUAACAAUAAAACCAAGUAAAGAAUAAACAAAGGAAAAACAUUGUAAAAUAAACUAAUGAAAUGACUUCAAUGAUUUUAAUAAAUAAAAACAAUUUAAAUAUGGACACUUAGAAACAAAAUGGCGACUCAUCAAACUUUUAUUAGGACAAUCAUGUACUUCCGUUUUCAAUUAAUAAUUUAAGUGACAAUUGUUUAUAAAUAAAAAUAUUUAAUAAUAGAAAUAUUUCAAGGAAGUUUUCACGGAAUUUCAAUGGAUUAGGAUAUGAAAAUAUUUAGCAGCGGCCUUUAAAGAUCAAAAUCUUUGUGAUGCAGAAUUAGGAUUUGUGAAGUUUUAGAUUAUUUCGAGCAACAAAAAUACCAUGUUCCUUUGUUUACAAGAUAAUCAGCUCGAGUAAAUCUACAGUGACAAUGAUGAUUAUGCUUCUACUAGAGUUCAAUAUGAAUACUUAACACCUGGUUCCUGGCUUUACAAAAAAAUAUCCAAAAGAAUAUUGUUUAAAAACAGUGCAUCACCAAUACCUUGUACAAUCUUCUAGUUCCAUGCUGAAACAAAGACAGACCAGCAAACUUUUGCAUCGUUUAUACUUGUUUGCUUGUUAAACUUGUUUUCUUCAAGAAGAAUUUACAUCUGUAAAGAAAGUUUUUACCAAGGCCGCUGUGAAAUAUUUAAAAAUAUCCUUCUGAAAACUUUGUUUGUGAACUACUUUCAUACCUUUAGAAAACACAAAUGAAACUUGUAACAAAACGCUUAUAAUUAAAGUGGGUUGGUCUACAUUGUGCACAUUUUCCAUAAGUCUUGAUAACAAGACCACAAUUAGACAAUAAGAAAUGUGCAUUUUGGAUAUAUUUUGGAAAUGUUGAUAGAGUUCUAAAAUGAUUUAGUAUGGACAUAAUAUAUAAUUGUUCUAAAACACUUUAUUAUACACAUAUACUAUAUAUUAAUAUGUUGUAUCGGAUCAUGUAUCUAUCACUUGCCAAUAACACCCAUAUACAAUUAUUUGUGGUUUGCUUUAACAUAUGAUUCUAAAUACUUACUAUAAAAUAAUUAUUUAUGGUAUUUAUAUCUCUUAUUGUAGACCAAUUCACUUUAAAGAAAGUAUGAUUUAAAUUGUUUUUAUUUUAAUAAGAUUAAAUUAUGUUCCGCUAUUUUAGAGUGAAAUAGUUAAACAAAUCACUACAUAAUGACUAGCUUUUGAAAAAAAAAUCACUAUAUUGUUUGAACCAUAGUAAUUUUGAUGAGUAUAAGUUUGUUGAUUUACUACUUUUUACGUUACAAAAAGGAAAAGGAAAUUUGAAAGUUGCAAUAUAACUACAGUAAAAAGAGCAAUAGAGUAUAUAAUUAUGUUGCAUUUUGCUAUUGGUUAAAUCUUAAUUAAGACAGGGUCUUUCAAAUAGAAUGGUCUGGAGUCGGAAAAAAGAUGUCUCAGUUGUGUCACAUGAUUAGGUUAUCUACCAACUGUGAUCUGGCAUAGUACAUCACCCUUCAAAAUUCAAAUAAUAAGAUAAAUCAAUCAAAAAAUAUUGAAAACUAAUCUUGGCUACAUUACAUUAUCAGUUUUGUCUUUGAAAAGUAACAAUUUAUUAUACAUGAAUUUGAAAUAAAAUUAGGAAAUCUACAAACCAUGAUCUGGCAUAGUGCAUCAAUAUUCAAAAUUAUAAUUAGAAGAUAAAUUGAUAAAAGGUUACUGAAAACUAAUUUUGGUUACAUUACAGUAUCAGAUUUUACUUUAAAAAGUAACAAUUCUAUAGAUUUGCAAUGGAAUUUGGAUUUUUUCAUUCCCGGUGUCAAGGUAAAAAUCUACUGCAUUUAUUUGAAAAUAGGUCCAAGUUUCAUAAACUUUUUUUUUUAAUUAUGCAUUGUUCAAUGCCAAAAUAGAAAUUGAUUUUACGAAGAAAAAAUGUUAUUUAAUCGUAUCAUGUAAAGAUGAUUUUAUAAUAUUUCACAAUGUUAUUUACAAAUAUUUGAUGUUAAAUUUGAUGCAUUUUCAAGAAUGGCAUCGUUUGUUGGCAAAUAUGUCGUUCAACAAAUAAUGGCUUUAUGACCUUAUUACCUGAAAUAUUUAUCUUUAAGUCACAUGUUUAAAGAUUUUUAAAGAACAUCAUAUUGUCAGAAUUUUUCAUUUUGCUCCUGUAUUUAGGUUUUCCUCCUUUUGUUGAACACUUACAUAAUUUGCGUAUAGAAAACUAUACCGAGUUAUACCAAGACAUGUUAUAUUGUGGCGAGAAGGAUUUACAUAGCGCGUUUCCAGACCAUUCUAUUUUAAGAUAAAAAUAUAUCAUUGGUUAUGAUGACUCAACAAGUUAUAUGACCAAGAUAAAAUGGCUGUAAUUUAAUAUAUAACCGAUGCUUUCGGGUUAUAUAGCAAUUUAGCAAACAAACAGUUUUUAUAAAUGACCGUAUUAACUUUCAGAAGUAUUUAAGGAAUUUAUAAAAUUAAACAAAUGCCUCCUUGGUUUAAUAAAGAGAGGUGAAAAAAGUAUCUUUAACUUUCAGCAGAUGUGUGCUUAAGUGGUGUAUAAUAUAUUAAUAUUAAUAAUCAACGCUGCCAGUAGUGUGAGAGUUGUUAUCAUUGACAAUUGACAACUUAUAACUGUACCAUUUCUCCAUAGUAUACUUAUGUCCCUUGCAUGCAAGAAAAUAAAAAAUCUUCAUUAGUUCUGUUCAGAUGUGUCAAUAAUAGGUUGAUAUGUAUAUUUGUACAUAAUAUAUUAAUGUAUAGCUUAUCCAUGUUCUAGUUAGAUUUGAUGUUGUUCUAUUGUCCGCUCAAGUAUAUACAUAUGUAUUUAUAAGUUAUCUAUAUGCUCUAAAUACUAUUUUUUGUGUGUUUGAGGUACUGUGUAUCUCAUUGUCAAACUACUUUGUUUAUAUGCAUGUACAUAAUUUAUAUUCAGUGAUCAGAAAAUGGCAUGUAUAUUACUUACCUAUGUUAAAUACAUACAUUCAGGUAACACAAUAAGGAUACAUCCAGAACAAUGGGAUAUUGUUAUGCUACUAUGACAUGAAAUAUGGCAAAUUAGGGUCAUCAUGGCCUUUUUGUUACUUUAAGAGAUGUUUUUUGUGUAUAUAUGUAUAUAGUUUUCUUAGUAUGAUUUUGUAUAAUUUACAAAGAUAAGUAUUGUUGUAUUAUGUGUAUAUAUUCAAUAUAGCGCCCAGUCUCUAAAUCCACAAUCAUAUCAGUAAUAAUAUUCUCAUACAACAAAUUUGUAAAGAUUGUAAUAAUUACUUACACUUGGUUCAUAAGGGUCAUCAUGGCCAUCAUGUUACUAUUAUGAUUUUUGUAUACAUGUAUAUAGUUUUCUCAGUGGAAUUUGUAUAAUUUACAUAGAUGAGUAUUUUUGUAUUUUAUGUAUGUAUUCAAUAUAGCACCCGUUCUCUAUAAAACAAUCAUUAAUUUUACUCUCAUACAACAAAGGUUUAAGAAGGUAAUUAUUCAAGAAUCACCUUAGUUUUCUCUCAUGCCUUUUCAUAUUAAGUUUUGUCCCUCCAAGGUUAAUUUUUUAAAGUGUUGAAGUGAAGAACUUGAAAAUUCAUAGAUAGAUAAAUCUCAUUAAGAAAACUGCAGUGAACUAUAAAAAUCAUACCCUCAUAUAACACAUUUUAGACAUAAAAGCCCUUUAAAAACUGCAAUGCUUAUUUUUUUGUUUCGAACCUUUGAGGUAAAUUGCUGUCUUGUGCACAUUUUUAGAGUUAUUGCCCAUAAGGCUUUGUAAAUGUCCAUAUUUCAUUUAUUGCCGGACACAACUCAUACACAAUUCAAUGUAUCUACAUGAAACGUUUUUGGUACUUCUAAAUAUCUGAUUGAGGUACAAUGUAUAUGCAAUGUGUAAAUUUUGUAGUUAUUCACCUUUGUAACAGUUUAUACUAAAUUUUCGUGUAGAGCAUACCUUUAAAGGCACAUUUUGUCUCUGAAAUCUGUUUUUAUUCAAUUCAUUAGAAAUGUCAAAAAUGUGUUUAAUAAUAUUUUUAUAAUUGAUUUAGAACAUGUUAAGAUGUUUAACAGCUGGGGAAAGUAGCGCUGAAUGUGCAGUUAUAUGUCCUAAAGUUAACAAAAUGUAAACAAAAGUAGUAGUUUUCCUUUCAUAUAAAAUUAUAAUUCACUACAAUUAAAUCAAUUGCCAACAAAGCAGCUCGAUCAAAGAUGGUUAAAUUUCAUGACGAAUGAGUUUUUUUUUGUUUUGAAACUGUAACAAGAUACUAAAAAUAAAGUUAAAAAAUGAUUUCUGAGGCAUAAUAGGCCUUAAAGUCCAUAUCAAGUUGAACAUGAAAUAUCAUUUUAUCCUUCUGACAAAACAGCUUUGAAGGUCAUUGCAACUUAUUUGCAAUAGAAGAGAGGCUGUUGUAAAACUAUUUUAAGACGUUAUGAUGAAAAUUUAUAAUGAUUUUUGUUGAUGAAAUGUUGGUUAAAGACCCAUUAUACAUCAAAAUGCUAUCAUUUUAUUUCUUAUUUUCAGCAAUCUGAUAUUUACAACAAAUUUGACAUUUUGAAGUUUUAGAAAAUGUUAGAAUUACAAUAUUACUGAUUUACUGUUUUACAUAUUAUUAAGUAAGGGGAGAUAAAUAUGAAAAAGUACAUUUUGUUAUAUAUAUUAUAAUAAUUAUACUGUCAGUACUGAUUACAAGUAUGAUAUGUUUACAGAAAUCUUAUUUUUUAUAAAUUAAUGUUCUAUACAUGUAGAUUAUAUCAUAGUUCAUAUAUUUAAUACAAAUAAAAUUGUAAACAACA